AUGGAAAUCGCGGAGAUGGCGAAGAAGGUCGCGGCGCUCGAGGCCGAGCUCGCCGCCAAGUCCUCCCGCAUCGCCGACCUGGAGGCUAGGGUCUCCCUCCUCGAAACAGAGAAGGCGCGCUUCAGGAAGGUCCUGUUCAGUGACCGCGUGGAAGACUGGACUGAUGAUGAAGUCGAGAUUAUGGACGCAGAGGGAGGUGCGCACUCUGUUUCCAACGCGGAUCUGGAGGAUGAUGAUGUGUCUAUCACGCCCCGAGGCAAGAAUCGUGCAGGGGCGCGGGUGAUCAGUGACAGUGAGGAUGACGAUGAGAAUGAUGGAGGGCAUGGAAAUCAGGAGGUGGGCGUCGCAAGUACUAGGAAGCGUGCAUUGCGUGGAGUCAGUGACAGCGAGAGUGAGGAGGAGGAUUGUGAACUACUCUAUGAGAUGAAAAGGUGUUCUACUCCACCAACAACAGGGCGCUCGGCUCGCUUUGUUAAGAGCCAAUCAAAGAGAAGCCGAACAGCACGUCGAGUGCUUGAGCUUCUUGAACCAAAGGAUCAUGAGCAGAGCGAGGAUGAUUCAGAAGAAGAUGAUAGCAUGGAUGAAUUUAUAGAUGAUUCAGAUUGUUCUGAAAAUUCUUCCGAUUCUGAUGAGGAAUCCUCUGCUGAACUAGAGGAGUCUGACAACGAGGAAAACUAUGGAGAAAUUAUGGAUAGGAUACGCGGUAAGAAGAAUGCCAAGAAUAAGGACUGGGAGACUGAGGCAGAGAUGCUAUCAGCAUUUGAUGAACACCGUGAACUCACCUUGAAAGCUGUAUGUGCCCUCUACCGACAGCAAACUGAGGAAGAACAGGCAGAAAAGGCGACUAUCGUGCAUAACAAAAGGGGAUUCAGCCAGAUAGAUGCGCCAAGGGGUUCUCGCAUAGCGCAGUUUCUUCUGGAUGGUGAUGCUUCUGGGCCGCUUAAGAAGACUGCACAGGACCUAAAAAAGUAUGACCGAUACGGUCUUCAGUUCUGUCACAAGAUGGCUUUUCGUUACUCAAAGCAGUUGUUCGCAAUAUACCAGAGCAAGGAGGACCCCUACUUUCCAUGAGUCUGGUAUUACUUAGAUCGAUCCAUAUGCUGACUUCUCUGUGACACUUGUAAUAUUUUGCCUUCUCAGGGAGCCUAUCUCAGUCCUGUUAUAUAGCUUUAGUCAUUGUUUCUUUCGGAAUGCAUGUUAAAGUUUGCUCUCGAAGAUGCAACAUUCAUGCUAUGUAAAUAUCACUAAGAUGCCCGCUGUUAAGAAAUGUGAAUGUUUGACGUUGUGUGUGCUGUGGAUACUACUGUAUCUGAAAUGGUAGUGCUGUAAUAUAUGCCUGUGUAGUACUGUACAGUAUUUCCGCUGUCUUCAUAAGUACUGUGAGGUUGUUAGUCCUCCUCUUCUACCAAUGUUGGCGUGGCUAAUUCACUAG